AUGUCUUCAUUCAGCAAAAGCGCCUUCCGCGAUGGAAUGCCCGAGGGAGUACAUGUGGACCUUUGCUCCCUCCAUGCUCCCUCUGCCUUCACCCAAGGAGCACAAUCGAACGAGAUGAGAGUGCUCUUCCCUCUUCCCAAUAUGCACGUGAGCCCGAACCAGGAGAUGCGCAUGAGCUGUAUACGAUCACCACUGAAACAUGUCACUGCUGUCAACUGUCAGUCGCGUGAAGUUGCCCGAAGUACAUCUUCACACUGCCUGGAAUGUGACCAAGCGAAGCAUACAAAGAGCGAGCCGCCGCUGGCUGUCCGACCGAGGAUGGAGGAGUGA